AGUAUCAAGCUCGCAUGCAAGUUGGAAGCUUGGAGUCUCCGUCUUGAUCGUGUUCGCAUCCACGAGCAGGUUCCGGGAUCGUGUCCGGCAACAUGGUCAACAUCGCGGAAGGCGCGAUUCACAUGCGGCGUGUUGGCGCCAUUCGUCGUUUCCAAGAAAGUCACAACGAACAAAGCGACCAGAUUGACCGUCGCGAGCAACGCUGCGAAGCUGGAGCAGCACAUGACCGGAUCAUGUCCAAAAAAACCACGGUGAUCUUGCCAGGCUUGGGAGAAGUGUACCGGCGAGCAAUCUGUUCAACUCAUAGGGCGCAGACCAGAUCAAGGCUCAGGAUUGUACAUUGCCUUCCCCCGGAGAAGCAGUGGAGUUCGUGGUCGCGCGUGCGAUCUUGUUCAUCGUCCCCGCCAGGCUCCGGCUCAGGCUCACGGCCAACAUCAAGAAGGCUUCACACAUUCGCCGCUGCGAUUAGGAAUUUACGCUCGGAUCAAAACCCACAGCCCGCGCGGGGAGAAGAACGGCAUCGGGUUCGCUGGCACGCCCGUCGAUCCGGCAGCCUGAUCAUGUCUUGUAUUCCAGCACACCCGAUUUGUCCCGUGCCACCGCCAGUCCAAGCUCAUGCAUUCGUGCAGCGUCGUGCAAGGUGCUGAGAGACCUCACGGCCUGGUGCAGACAUCACUCCAGCACCUGUCAUCCCAACUGUAUAGGAGACGAUGAGGAAUGCAUUCAAGCGGCGAACCUUGUUCAUUUCAGCCCGAACCUGUGUUCAGCGCUCUCGACGGCUGGCAAGAAGUAUGAUGAUGCUCGCAAUAGCGUAGUGAAUCAUGCUACGCAGGUCAAACUUGGCGAGGAUCGGACGGAGGACGUCGAGACUGAAGAUC